GCUUGACCGAUUUUCUCAUCGUCAUUUAGCACUGGAUACUCGCAUCAUCACGAUCGGCCAGAAUGUCAAGGAUAGCAAUCCUUGCGCUUCUCGUUGCGCUGCUCGUCGCAGUUGCAGUUGCAUUACCGACGUCGCCUUCGCAAUCUCAAGGUCUCAUAAGAAUAGUCAGGGCGGCUCCAGUUGAGCUCGUUCGUCUUAAACGUUACGGUGGAUAUGGUGGAUAUGGCCGUGGUGGAUACGGUGGCUAUGGUGGAUAUGGCCGUCGAGGAUACGGAGGAGGAUGCAGAAGAUGCGGCGGAGGAGGAUAUCCUGGAUUCGGCGGUGGUGGUUCCUUCGCCAAUAGCGGAGCCAAUGCUGGUUCAAUUAGCACACCAUUCGGCAGUGGUUCCUUCUCAUCCUCUUUCGCUAAUGCUGGGUCCCGCGGUUAUGGAUAUGGACGAUGAAACUGGAUUUAAAGACAUGGUUAAUCAUAAUUGAAAGUGAACUUAUGUGACAAUAAAUUACUUGUACAAUUUA